UUCUUGAUUGACAAGCAAUCCAGUAGCAUGAUGAUUGAUAGCAAAACAGUUCUUGGUGUUCCCCCGUUUCCAAUAAAAGAGUGGGCUGAGUUACCACAAGAUAUCAUUGAAUUCAUAUCUAAAAAGUUGACACUCUACUCCGACUAUCUUCGAUUCCGAUGCGUCUGUCGCACCUGGAAUUCCUAUGUUCCAAAAACUCCUCUCCAUCUACCACCUCAAUUCCCAUGGCUCAUGCUUUCUCACACUACCUUCUUUGAUCCAUCCACCCACAAAUUCCACCACCUCAAUCUCCCUCUAUCUUCUUCUCACAACACUCUUAUCUGUGGCUCUUCUUUUGGCUGGCUAAUCAUUCUCCAUGAAAUCUCCGAGGUUCGUCUUCUCAACCCUAUAACACACGUCACACUUUCUCUUCCUUCCCUCUACACUUUGCCAGAGUUUGUCAGAAAGCCUUUGGAAUCUAAUAAUAACAAUUUCCUUUACAAAGUUGUCUUGUCGUCUAGCCCCUCGCUUAGCCACGACUUCGCUGCAUUCUCCAUUCUAAAUUUCAGUCAGUUGGCAUUUUGUAAAAAGAGCUGUGAUUCUUGGUGUCUCUUUAGUGUGAAUGAAAAUCACGUGUGGACUGAUGUUGUAUCCAAAAACGGUUUGUUUUAUGUUGUGAGCACGAAAGGUAUGAUAGCGGUGUGUGAUGUUGAAGGUCCUCGAGUCUCCAUUAUUGAGACGACAAACUCUGGCAACUUAUUGAAGGAUAUUUACUGUGUUAUGUUUUCCGGGGAGGUCAUGUUGUUGGUCUCUCGGUCUUUUCCAGAGAUAGAUGUAUCGCAUACAAAAAUGUUUCGAGUUUUAAAGAUGAACUGGAAUAUGCUAAAUUGGGAAGAAAUUCAUACUCUGGGCGAAAACAUGUUGUUUGUAGGGCUGAGGUCUUGUGUUUCUUUUUCUGCUGCGGAUUUUGCUGGAUGUCGUCCAAAUCUUAUCUAUUUCACUAACGAUUUUUUUGGGAGAGACGAUUUUGGCAUCUAUAGUUUAUCAGAUGAAAGUGUUGAGUUGUUGGCCAGUUAUCCAAUAAAUUCAGAUGGUCGUUUAAGAUUUCCAGUUUGGGUUACACCAAAUCCGCGUUGA